ACACUGUUAUGACACACACUGACUGAAUGUGUUGAAGUUUAUGAGCAACAAUCUGCAUCUAAAAUCCUGUCACAUAAUACACACACAGAGUCUUCCAGAGUUUUCCGGGUGCUAGUUAAAGGAAACCUGAUUCUGAUCCUGAAGGGUGGGGCAUCCCUGUGGAUCACUCAUCUAUGAGUGCCUGCCAUGCUCCUCAUACUCACUGUGAUCCAGAUCAGGCUGGACUGCCAGGGUGGACUGUCAGCAAGGACAGAUCAGAGUGGACUGCAAGAGCGGACAAAUUAGAGUGGACUGUCAGCGAGGACAGAUCAGGGUGGACUACCAGAGUGGACAAAUAAGGGUGGACUGCCAGCGAGGACAGAUGGGGGUGGACUGUCAGUGAAGACACAUAUGGGUGGACAGUCAGUGAGGACAGACCAGGGUGGACUGUCAGCGAGGACAGACAAGGGUGGACCGUCUUGUGGGACGUAUUAGCGACGAUUGACUAAAUUAACCCAGCAAUCCACUGUUCAAAUGGUAACAGCAGAAAUUAACCAUGCUGAGGAAUGACGUGAACUAUUUAAUAACAUGACAGGAAGAGGAGGAAGAUGAGGACCCUAUUCUUCCACCGUGGAAAUCCAAGAAAUGAGAACCGGAUUAGUGAUCUGAUUCAGUGUCGUUCAUCCUAACAGACACAAACGACUGAUGAGAAAAUAAGGUCUAGUUUUACAGGAGUCUGAUGACAGGAGGUUGUUUUCUUCAUUGUUUUCUUUUUCAUUGUUUCCUGAAGAUUGAGUAACUUUUACCUGGAAAGAGACAACUGGUUGAUGGUUUUGUUUUUGUUGUUUGGAGUGUAAAGGAAUCCAGAAUGAAAUGGGAGAAGUUAAAACCUCCAGAACCUGAUGAUCCUCUGUGUUGCUGUAAAUGUGAUAUCUACCAGAACAGAUGUUGCUGUGACUGUGAAGAUCUGGAUGAAGCUUUCAACAGGUGGCUGAAAGACAGACCUCCUAAAAGUGGGUGCCAGUCUGUUGUUUUUGGGGCCAUGGUUGACCGCCUAGAGAUCUCCAUUGUCCCAGUUCUGGUGCUGCUGCCUCUCCUGCUACAAGUUGCAGCGCUGCAUUACCUGCUAGGUAUCAUCAUCCUUACCACUCUGCCCGGCCUGGUGCUGUGGUACUACUACGCCACACACCGGAAGAGGAGACGCACCCUCUUCUUCCUCACUCUUUCGCUCUACUCCCUGUUCUACAUGUACUUCCUGUUCAUCACAGAGAUUUUACCACAUGGGGACAUCAGUCCGCUGCAACUGUGCACUGUGACCACCGGCAUGAUUCUCACCAUUGUCUCUCUUAUUCUCACCAAGAGGGGUCCAGGAUUUGUGACCCCUUCACACCCCGAAGCCUGCAGUCAGGAGGCUAAUGAGGCCUCCACACACCUGAGAGCAUCUACCCAAACAGCAGCCUCCUCUGCAGGCACCUCAGCGGAGACAACAAAAUGGAGCCGCUGUCCUGUGUGCAAAAUAAUCCGCCCCCCCCGGGCCGGACACUGUCGAACCUGUGGAGCUUGUGUCCAGCGUCUGGACCACCACUGCAUCUGGAUAAACAGCUGUAUCGGACAGGCAAACCAUCGCAGCUUCUUGUUCACGCUUUGUGUGUUCGUGUUGACUUCUCUGUACGGGAUCAGUUUGGUGCUUUGGAGCCUCUGUCCUCACCACAAUCUGAUGACAGCACUGCUGUACUGCCCUACCGUCUAUAACCAGUCCAGCACAGCUCUUUGCUUCACCUGUGCCUGGUACAGCAGCAUCGUGACCGCUGGACUCUUUUACCUGUUGGUGGUUCAGAUUCUGAAUAUCAGCUUCAACGUGACGGAGCGAGAGUCUCAGCUGGCUCUAAGGAACAAAAUGGGUCGGAGCCGACUGUUUGGACUCGUCAUUGACACAGGACAGUAUUCACAUGGUUUCUGUCAGAACUGGAUUGAGUUCCUCACCAUGGCGGACACCUCAGUUUCUCUGCGCUACAGCCUCACUGACUUGGUAUAGUUUAAGUUUAGACUGUGAACAACAGUCCUGUCCGUGAAGACUUGAAAAUGACACAUGAAGAUUUAAACACUGUGUCAGUACUUAAAUACAGUGUGUGAAGAUUUAAUUGUGAUGUGUGAAGAUUUAAACACAGUGUGUAAAAAUUUAAAUGAGGUGUGUAAAGACUGCUGUACAGAAGACAUGCAUGCAUAUGUAGACUUGAACAGUGUGUAGAGUUUCAUCUCAUGUAUUUCUUAAUCAAUUAAUUGUUGCACAGUUGUUUGAAGAAAUAACCAACAGGUUUCAGGCUGUGGGUGCUGUCAUGUUACUGUACAGACUUCACUUAUGACAGAAAAUAUUUUGUCUGCAUGUCAAAGAAAAACUGAACUAACCCUUAAAAUAAACAAGAGGAGACUUCCUCAUGUUACACACUGAAAAAAAAUCAGCUUGUUCCUCCUCAGAUACUCUAAAGUAUUUCACUCAUUACACUUCCAUUAUUUCACAUCAUCAGUUCUUAUAAUGCACGGCUGGCUCUGGAGCCAUCGACCAGUUGUUUAAAUCAAUACAUUAUCUCCAUUUAAGUUACUCAAUCUAUCAUGUGAUGGAGGGUUUUCCUCUGGUGCCACCUUUAGGUUAAUCUGUUAAUUACAGCUUUAUCGUCUCACUGACCACUUCAGAGUUUCC